GGCGGCUACUCCGGCUGUAGAAAAAGAAAAUGUGCUUUCGCACGUAGAUGAGUAAAGGGAACCCCCUGAAGCUAGUGGCUAGCUAGCAAAGUGUGGGAACAUGGAGGAUGAGGAGAUCGCUGAGAGUUGGGAAGAAGCUGCCGACAGUGGGGAAAUGGAGAGACGGUUGGAGGAGAAACUCCGUAUCAGUCAAAAAGAGAGACUUUCAACUGGGAGUUCAGGUCGCUCACCAAUAAAGACUAUCAUGAUCCAAGACGACUCACUUCCGGCUGCGCCACCUCCGCAGAUCCGCAUUUUAAAACGACCCACCAGCAACGGAUCCUUGGGGCCGUCUGUAACGCAGAGCCGACCCUCACCGCAAGUCAAGUCUUUAGCUCAGAGGGAGGCUGAAUAUGCCGAAGCCAGGAAGCGUAUCCUUGGCAGUGCUGAUGACACACCUCAGGAGAGACCCCCGUCAGAGAGGUCACCACGUGCAGGAAGCCAUACAUCUUCAGAGGACACAAGAUCGAACAACCAUGUAGUUCGGCAACCAGCAGGUCCAGAUGGUACACAAGGCUUUCGCCAGCGCAGAUAGGAAUAAUAAAGGCCCGGGAGAAAAGGAGAGCUCUUGGUCCAUCUCCUUUUAAAAGAAAAAAAAAAAACGGUUUAAAUUUGGACCAUUUUUAAAACAAUAUCUAGGAUGUGGGAUGUUUAUGAAAUGAGAAGAAAAACCUCAUCCUCACCCAUCAGGGCUCCUGAGCCAGUGUGGAAUGUAAAAGGGGAGGAAAUCUAACAUAAAAGAGCAAAUUUACACUGUGAUGAGGACUUCUUCCAGACACUGCUCACUGUGAUCCCCAGUCCUCUCCCAAAAACAAACACUUAAUCAGUUUCCCUCGACACCUUAACCUACUGUGACUGGUGACCCGUUUGCAAACGGACAGCUUUCGACCUGGAGAUCAGUCAUCAAUCAGAGCCCAGCUUGAGGAAGACGUUUGGAACGGAAUGCGAUGCCACAUUAUGAUGAGGAUGUGCUAGAAGUGUUGUAAGAUUGUGUUGCGCGGGUCAUCAGCUCUCAGCAAUAAUAUUAAGGAUAUUUCGGUUUAUCAUUUUUCAUUUACUUUCAUUUUCAAACUGCUCUUCCCAAGCUUUUGUAUUAGUUAUUGUUGGUUUUUGUUUUAUUUUAACCUAGUCAGCUAAUUGCCAUACAUUUUUAAUAGGGAAGGGAAUGGUGAGGGUUCUGUGGAAACAUGUCUCUUAAGUUUUGAUGAUGAUGAUUAUUAUUAUUAUUAUAAUCCGGGGUCUUCCUAUGACUGUCCUAGUUUCUACAUAAAGGAAAUGAAGAAUUAAAAGUAAAGAAAUUAAUUUUCUGCCUUUUUAUACUGUUUGGGAAGGUAGGAAUAUUUAAAUAUAUCAGAUACAAAUUAAGAGAAAUGUAAAUGCUUGGUGCUGGAGAAAAUCAGAGGGAGAUGUACAAAGGGGAAGAAAUUGCCGGUUCCUUUUGCUUCUCUUUUUUUGUCUGCUGAUAAUUUUAUCAAUUUAUUUGCUGAAGUAGGAACUCAGGUCACUGACUGAAUCAAAUAUCUAUUAAUUAGUUUUAAUUUAGUAGUGGUGCAAGUGGAUCUGCCACAAGGUCACCUCAAAGUGGAGUACUGAAUAUCCUGUAAGAAAUUAUUUACCUGUUAAAAGAAAAAGACAGUAUAUACACCAUUAGCAAUUCAAGUGUUAUAUUUCAACCUACAGCAAGCACCAUAUAUCCAAAUUGCGUCUCUCUCUGCUUCUCUCACUUUAGUUUUAGUUGUCAAACACCAUUCCACCCUGCUGUACUGUCCUUUUAACAUCUUUGUCGGUAAGAAAAUAACAUUGUACAGGAAUAUUUUACCCUUUAAUCGUGGCAAAUGCCCAUCUGGCAUUCUGUAUCACACGAACCAGAAUUAUAUAUCAAGAGCUGUGCGUGAGUAUGGAACCCUACUUGUAAAUACUUUACAAAAUGCCCAUUUAAUAAAGAAUUUUUAAAGUAA